CCCCGGUGCCCCGCCGAUUGGCAGACUGGCAGGACGCGCGGGGCCCCGCCCACUAAGGAACGCGCUCUGAGUGGCCCAGGCUAGUAGGAGACGAGUGUCUAUCGGCUGGAUAAUAGUGAAUGAUGUCACGAGUAGCUUAUCACAGCUGGGCUCCGUGUCAGACCCGCCUCUGGCAAAACAACCCGGGAGGUAGUUGAGAGCGUGUUUGACUGCAGAAGAGAGAAGUCAGUGGGGUUUCUGGCUGCAGGAACCUCGACUGUUCGCUGGCAUGACCCUGGGUCCUAAGGAAGGAUGGAGACUGAGAGCCCUCCCUCGCCCCCCGCCCCUCCGUGAGGAGGCUGGGGGCCAGAGGGAGGAGGGGAUUGCGGAGGAGUAACUAGGGGCCUAGACUUCUGGGUCUGAGAGCCUGAACGCCUGGAUUUUGAGGGAGGAGGGAACUGGGAACCUGAAAGGUUGGGGUCUAGGGAUGGGGACUCCUUGGUCCCAAGAGUCACUGGCCUGCCCACGGAUGACAGAUUCGAAGUUCAGUAUUUUAUGUGGCUCCUUAUGGGAUUGGAGCCAGGCUUGUCCCCAGGCAAGUGUUCUGGGUUGUGAGGUGGGGCUUGACUAGAGAUGAUGUAGAGGCUUAGGAGAAGCUCUGACCUCAAUAUGCCCUUUCCUCGUCCCUAAAAGGGAAGUCAGGGGCAGGGUGCUGUCUGCGAAAGGAACCCACAGAGUGGGAGGAGACUUGAAACUCCCGUGGAGACGAAAAGAAAAGCAUAGAUAGGAAUGGAGAGAUUAAGAUUUUGAAAUUAAUGAUAGAGUUCUUGAAUGGAGUUUACUGUGGCCCAGGUUCUGUGCUAAGCAUUUUACACAAUUAUCUCAUAUCUUCCUCAUAACAGAUCUAAGAGAUUGGAUUAUUAUUAUAAUCCCCAUUUUACAAGUGAGGAAAUUGACACCCAGGGAGAGAGAAUCAAGAUGUAAAGAGACAGGAGAGACACAAAACACAGAUGGUGAUAAACAGAUAAACACAGACCCAGAGAGGGAAGAAAAGAUAAAUAAGGGGGGGCAGGGGAGAAGAGCUGAGAGCCAGGACACUGCCGGGGCCUUGAGGGGACAAGACUCCUGGGUCCUGGAGGAGGAAAGACCAAGAUGGGGACUCUGGGUAUUUCCUACCCUGACUCCCACACACCAUGCCGUCCAGCCCUUCUUGCUCUGGGCAUUUGGCCUGGUUGGGGUCAAAAAUAGUGAUUACAGGGAGCAGCUGUGUCAUUAUCCUAUUAGGAGAUGAUAAGAAAAUGAUUCAUGGGGGUGCCCUGGGCCUGGGAGGAGUCUUUCCCUCACAGCCUCUUUGAUCUGGACAGAUCAGACCUCAGAGAGGACUGGGGAGGGGCAGGGCCCUCUCUGUCCCUCUCCAUCGCUGAGUCUCCAUCACUCAGAACUAUUGCCAAGUCCCUCGUGGAGACAGAUGAGGCACCCGGAGCAGCAACAACUUUGCUGCCAUGUCCUACCCAGUGACCAGUCAGCCCCAGUGUGCCACCAGCUGCUACCAGACCCAGAUCAGCGACUGGCACACCGGUCUCACGGACUGCUGCAACGACAUGCCCCUCUGUCUGUGUGGCACUUUCGCCCCCCUGUGCCUCGCCUGCCGCAUCUCGGAUGACUUCGGCGAGUGCUGCUGCACGCCCUACCUGCCCGGAGGCCUGCACUCCCUGCGCACCGGCAUGCGGGAGCGCUAUCGCAUCCAGGGCUCCAUCGGGCAUGACUGGGCGGCCCUCACCUUUUGUUUGCCCUGCAGCCUCUGCCAGAUGGCGAGGGAGCUGAAGAUCCGAGAGUAAAGGGUCCCCCGCCCUCCUUCCCCUGGAAUGCUGCCUCCUCUGCCCCUCCUGGGAGGGCCUGCCCCUCCGCCCAUCCUGACACCAGAAAUACACCCACAAUAAAAACCUGAAAACCA